AUUCCAUCUCACCUUUUGUUUGCCAACCAAAUCGUUUACACAGGUCUUCUUCAUCGCCUGAAGACCGAAUAACCUUUUUUUGUUUGGCACUCGACUCUCUUGCUUGCAAUCAAACCCUCCACUCCUCUCUCUUUUUUUUUUUUUGAGAAUCUAUAACCAUGCGUGAAUGUAUCUCUAUCCACGUCGGUCAGGCCGGUGUCCAGAUUGGUAACGCCUGCUGGGAGCUUUACUGUCUCGAACACGGUAUUCAGCCCGAUGGUCAGAUGCCCUCUGACAAGACCAUUGGAGGAGGUGAUGACUCGUUCAACACCUUCUUCUCUGAGACUGGUGCUGGUAAGCACGUUCCCCGUACCGUCUUCGUCGAUCUUGAGCCCACUGUCGUCGAUGAGGUCCGUACCGGUACCUACCGUCAGCUGUUCCACCCCGAGCAGUUGAUCACCGGCAAGGAGGACGCUGCCAACAACUACGCUCGUGGUCACUACACCAUCGGCAAGGAAAUCGUUGACCUUGUGCUCGACCGUAUCCGUAAGCUCGCCGACAACUGUACCGGUCUUCAAGGAUUCCUUGUCUUCCACUCCUUCGGUGGUGGUACGGGAUCCGGUUUCGGUGCUCUCCUCCUUGAGCGCUUGUCUGUCGACUAUGGCAAGAAGUCCAAGCUCGAAUUCUCGGUCUACCCUGCCCCUCAGGUUUCGACCGCCGUCGUGGAGCCUUACAACUCUAUCUUGACCACCCACACCACUUUGGAGCACUCCGACUGUGCCUUCAUGGUUGACAACGAGGCUAUCUACGACAUCUGCCGUCGUAACCUCGACAUUGAGCGCCCCACCUACACCAACUUGAACCGUCUCAUUGCUCAAGUUGUCUCCUCCAUCACCGCCUCCCUUCGUUUCGACGGUUCCCUCAACGUCGAUUUGACCGAGUUCCAGACCAACUUGGUGCCCUACCCCCGUAUUCACUUCCCCUUGGUCACCUACGCUCCGGUCAUCUCUGCUGAGAAAGCUUACCACGAGCAGCUCACUGUUGCCGAGAUCACCUACUCUUGCUUCGAGCCUGCCAACCAGAUGGUCAAGUGUGACCCCCGUCACGGCAAGUACAUGGGCCUGUUGUUUGCUUUACCGUGUGAUGUCGUCCCCAAGGACGUCAACGCCGCAUUGCCACCAUCAAGACCAAGCGUACCAUCCAGUUCGUCGACUGGUGUCCACUGGUUUCAAGGUCGGCAUCAACUACCAGCCUCCCACCGUCGUUCCUGGUGGUGACCUCGCCAAGGUCCAGCGUGCUGUCUGCAUGUUGUCCAACACCACUGCUAUCGCCGAGGCCUGGGCUCGUCUUGACCACAAGUUCGACCUUAUGUACGCCAAGCGUGCCUUCGUCCACUGGUACGUUGGUGAAGGUAUGGAGGAGGGUGAGUUCUCUGAGGCUCGUGAAGAUUUGGCCGCUCUCGAGAAGGACUACGAGGAAGUCGGUACCGACUCCGUCGAGGGUGAGGAGGAGGAGGCUGAGGAGUACUAGAUCAAUCAUAGUACCUCCUCUCUUGAUUGCAGCAAGGGUUAGAGGACCUCCUUUCUCUGUAUAAAAUUUGUUCUUGAAUAAGAGGACGUGAUACCAGUUACAUUCUUCUCUGCUUUUAAUUCCAAAUGCCUACCCCCCGGAAUCAUGGACACGUUCAAUGAUUUACCAAUAGAUGUAUGCAUUUUGAAGGGAAUAAGUGUUUUGGUAUGAGGCGAAUUAUAGCUGCUAGAUCAC